CUCUCGCCCAAGCCUCCAGCGCGGACCCCCACAGCCCCUCCCCGCUCCCCAGCUCUCCCACAAGCCCCUCCGUGUGAGGGGUGGGUGUGUGUGUAUCACUCCCGCUCGCCCGGCCCCGUGUGCGCUCAGCACUCGUUACCUCCGGUGCUCCCGCUCGCGGGGCCGGACUGGCGGCUCCUUCCCGGGGAGGCCGGGCCUGCAAAGCCGCCCCGGCCCCGGCGGCGGGGCGAGGGUGAGGGCGGGCCGGGCGGGCACGGGCGCGCCAUGGCCGCUCCCUGCUACCUGGGCUGGGAUUUCAGCACGCAGCAGCUGAAAGUCAUUGCUAUUGACGAACAACUGAGAGUCAUUUAUGAGGAUAAUGUUCAUUUUGAUAAAGACCUUCCGGAAUUUAAGACUCAAGGUGGAGUCUAUAUUCACAGUGACAGACUGACAGUCACUUCUCCCGUGCUGAUGUGGGUCAAGGCUCUGGAUAUGAUUUUGGAAAAGAUGAAGUCUUUGGGCUUUAACCUCUCUCAAGUCAGAGCUCUGUCUGGUGCUGGCCAGCAACAUGGGAGUGUGUACUGGAAAAAAGGAAGCAUCCAAAUUUUAAAGAAUGCAUCACCUGAACUGCCUUUACAUGAAUCACUAAAGGCUUGUUUUUCUGUCAGUAACAGUCCCAUCUGGAUGGAUUCUAGCACAGCUUCCCAGUGCAGCGCUCUGGAGAGAGCUGUGGGGGGAGCACAGCACCUAGCGAGUAUCACUGGUUCUCGAGCCUAUGAGCGUUUUACAGGAAACCAGAUAGCAAAGAUUUACAGCCAGAAUCCUGAGGUCUACAUGCAAACUGAGCGAAUCUCUUUGGUUAGUAGUUUUGCAGCUUCCCUUUUCCUAGGAGCUUAUGCACCCAUCGAUUACAGUGAUGGUUCUGGUAUGAACUUGCUGCAGAUUUGGGAAAAGGUAUGGUCAGGGUCCUGCCUUGAUGCUUGUGCACCUGGAUUAGAGGAGAAACUGGGAUGCCCUGUACCAUCCCAUUCAGUUCUGGGGCCAAUUUCUCCAUAUUAUAAUCAGCGUUAUGGGUUUAGCCCUGACUGUAAAAUAGUAGCAUUUACAGGAGACAAUCCAGCAUCAUUGGCAGGGAUGAGACUUCGAGAAGGAGAUAUUGCAAUUAGCCUUGGCACAAGUGACACAUUGUUUCUGUGGAUCCAAGAGCCAACGCCUGCUUUAGAAGGUCAUAUCCUAUGCAAUCCUGUUGAUUCUCAAACAUAUAUGGCACUUUUAUGUUUUAAGAAUGGCUCUCUGAUGAGGGAGAGGAUCAGAGAUGACUGUGCUUCAGGCUCCUGGGAUGAAUUCGCCAAAGCUUUAUCAUCUACUGUUGCUGGAAACGAUGGAAACUUGGGUUUCUACUUUGAUGUGAUGGAAAUUACCCCUGAAGCAGUUGGGAUUCACAGAUUCAACAGAGACAACCAAAAGGUUUCAGACUUUCCAAAGGAGGUGGAAGUACGAGCACUGAUUGAAGGGCAGUUCAUGGCCAAGAGGAUUCAUGCUGAAAAGCUGGGAUACAAAGUCGUGCCCAGAACAAGGAUCUUGGCUACUGGUGGUGCCUCCCAUAAUAAAAAGAUCUUACAGGUCCUGUCUGAUGUGUUCAACGCACCGGUGUACACUAUCGAUACCGCCAACUCUGCUUGUUUAGGAAGUGCUUACAGAGCAAUUCAUGGGCUUGUAGCUGAGACGAAUGUGUCCUUGGCUGAUGUCGUGAAAUUAGCCCCGGAGCCUAGAUUGGCUGUUACACCAACCGUUGGGGCUGAGGAGCUCUAUCGUCCACUUCUGAAAAGAUACGCUGAGCUUGAACAGAAGGUUAUCUGCAACCCAACCUCUUCUUGUCUUGUGGAAUAGAAGCAAACAAAAUUUAUAAGUCGGCUGAAGAGUGGACUCCCAAGGAGAAGAAAAGAUUUGCUCAGAAUUUACUGGAGUUGUUUAAAUCAUUUUGUUCCUCUUUGUAGACAAAUAAUUUUUAACCGUCUGUGCUUGAGCGUGUUGGUGGAAAAAAAUUACGUUGUGAUUGAAAACCUGAUUAAAAAAGCAUCAUGUUG